AUGAGUACAAAGUUCCUUGCUGACAUAGCUGAAGAUUAUAAGCAGCUUUAUGAAACUAGGGAAAAUUAUGAUGUAAUUAUUUACGCAGGCGAAAAGCCUGAUGUUGAAGAAAUUCAUGCACACUCUCUGGUCCUUCGAACUAGAUCUACUUAUUUUCGUGGUGCUUUUACUUCUGGUUGGGCAACAAAGACAAAGAUAGUGGCUGUUUCAUCUUUAAGAGGCCUAAUAUCUCUUCAUCAAUUUUUGAACUUAUUCUUAAUAGAUAUUUAUGAUCAAGAAGGAGAAACGGUUUUGGAUCUUUUGGUUGCUUCAGAUGAAUUUGGUCUUACAAAACUUAUUGAUCAUGUUCAGCAAUAUUUUGUUGAAAAUCAGAAAAGUUUUUUACAAAAAAAUCCUGUAGGAACGUUUCAUAUUGCUGCUCGUCAUGAAGCCUUUAAUGAACUUUUAAAAUUCUCUUUAAAAACUAUUUGCGCAAAUCCUGACAUUCUAUUUUAUGAUUUUAAUUUAUUAGAGAAAACUUUACAAGGAUGUAUUCAAUAUGUUAGAUUUCAUGAAAUUAGCAUGCCAGAUUUUUACCAUAAAGUAUUACCAUAUAUGUCUAUUAUUCCAAAUAACUUAUUCAAAGACAUUUUACGUUGUUACAUGGUUCCAAACGCAGUACCUCUUUAUAAUGUAUUUCCUCCUAGAUAUAAAAUUUUCAGUUUUAAUUGA